CCCGCCCGCAGCCCCGCCCCGCCAUGGCGGCCGUGCGGGACGUGGAGAUCGACCCCGAGGGCACCUUCAAGUACAUCCUGGUGCGGCUGCAGCGCCCGGGCGGCGGGGACCAGCGGGACAUCGUCCGCGGCACCGGGGCGGCCGAGUUCCACAAUCAUAUAUUUGAAAAAGUGAAUCCUGAGAUGGAAAAGCUGGGAUAUGAGUGCAAGUGCCUUGGAGGAGGGAAAAUUGAUCACAAUAGCAAGGACAAGAAAAUCAGGGUAUUUGGGCUCUCUACAGGCUAUGGGAAAGCAGAUCACUCAGUAACUGUAGAGAUACUGAAGAAAGUCUAUACAGACUAUGAAAUUACAUGGUCAGAUGACAAGAAAUAAACUGUGAACACAAUCAGCAGUUCCAAGUGGGUAACUGUGAGCUGUACUUUGAUUAUAAAUAAAAGUUCAAUGUGUCUAUGUAUGUAGGCAUAAAUCUGGA